UGCUUGUGAGGAGUGUGUGAGGAUCCGAGCGGAGUGAAUUUUACACUUUAUAUAUUUAUUUAUACACUAUUAGAACUCUCAUACACACCAGCAUCACUGUCUGCGUGAGAUUCAGCUCUCCUGCCUGAAACAAUCUCUUCAUUCCGGGCUGAAAUGGCACCGAAGGAUUACUCUGCUGAGAAGGAGAAGUGUAAACGCUUCCUGCAAGAGUUCUACACUGAAGAUGAAUCCGGAAAGAAGGUCUUCAAAUAUGGAGCUCAGCUGGUGUCUCUGGCUCACAGAGAGCAGGUGGCGUUGGUGGUGGAUCUGGAUGACCUGGCAGAGGAAGAACCUGAGCUGGUGGAGAGUGUGUGUGAGAACACUAAGCGAUACUUUGCGCUGUUCUCUGAUGCUGUGCAUGAACUGCUGCCAGAGUACAGAGAGAAAGAGGUGGUGGCCAAAGAUGCACUCGAUGUUUACAUUGAGCACCGGCUGAUGAUGGAGGCAAAAGGUCGAGACCCUGCAGAGACACGGGACUCCAAGAACCAGUACCCAGCAGAGCUCAUGAGAAGAUUUGAGCUGUAUUUCCGUCCUCCCUCCUCCACCAAGGUAAAGGUCAUUCGAGAUGUUAAAGCUGACUCCAUCGGGAAGCUGGUGACCGUCAGAGGCAUCGUUACCAGGGCGACCGAGGUCAAACCCAUGAUGGCUGUUGCCACCUACACAUGUGACCAGUGUGGAGCAGAAACUUACCAGCCGAUUGCAUCCCAGAGCUUCAUGCCACUCAUCAUGUGCCCGAGUCAGGAGUGUGUGACCAACAGGUCAGGGGGUCGCCUGUACCUGCAAACAAGGGGCUCGAAAUUUGUCAAGUUCCAGGAGCUGCGAAUCCAGGAGCAUAGCGAGCAGGUACCGGUGGGUAAUAUUCCCCGCAGCAUGACUGUGUGUGUACGUGGAGAGAACACACGAGCAGCUCAGCCUGGAGAUCACGUGAGCGUUUCUGGAGUUUUCCUUCCUCUGCUGCGCUCUGGAUUUCGACAGGCUGUGCAGGGUUUGUUAUCAGAGACGUUUAUGGAAGCUCACUGUAUCACUCUGAUGAAUAAAACUGAGGAUGAUGAACUAGGAGUGAAGGAACUGAGUGAUGAAGAGCUCAGACAGAUCACAGAAGAGGAUUUCUAUGAGAAGUUGGCAGGUUCCAUUGCACCAGAGAUCUACGGUCAUGAGGAUGUGAAGAAGGCUCUGCUGUUGCUGCUGGUUGGUGGAGUGGAGCAGAACCCACGUGGGAUGAAGAUCAGAGGUAAUAUAAAUAUUUGUCUAAUGGGGGAUCCGGGUGUGGCCAAAUCUCAGCUGCUGUCCUACAUCGACCGCCUGGCACCACGCAGUCAGUACACCACUGGGCGUGGCUCAUCAGGUGUGGGUUUGACGGCGGCGGUGAUGCGUGACCCUGUUACCGGGGAGAUGACCCUGGAGGGAGGGGCUUUGGUGCUUGCUGAUUUGGGCGUGUGCUGUAUUGAUGAGUUUGAUAAGAUGGCUGAUGCUGAUAGAACAUCCAUCCAUGAAGUGAUGGAGCAACAGACCAUCUCCAUCGCCAAGGCUGGAAUCAUGACGUCUCUGAACGCCCGGUGCUCGAUCCUGGCAGCAGCAAACCCGGCGUUUGGUCGUUAUAACCCACGUAAGACCAUAGAGCAGAACAUCCAGCUGCCGGCAGCACUGUUGUCACGAUUCGACCUGCUGUGGCUCAUCCAGGACAAACCGGAUACAGAAAAAGAUCUGCAGCUGGCUCGGCACAUCACACACGUCCACCAGCACUGCAAACAGCCCCCUACCCAUUACAUACCCAUCGACAUGAAACUCAUGAGGCGCUAUCUGAGUAAGUGUAAGAACAAGCAGCCGGUGAUUCCUCAGGCUCUGACUGACUACAUCACAGCAGCGUAUGUGGAGAUGAGGAAGGAGGCGCGAGUCAGCAAAGAUACAACCUUCACCUCCGCUCGUACCCUUCUGUCCAUCCUGCGCCUGUCUACUGCCCUGGCGCGGCUGCGGAUGGUGGACGUGGUGGAGAAGGAAGAUGUGAAUGAAGCAAUGAGGCUGAUGGAGAUGAGCAAAGACUCUCUGCAGGCAGACAAGUCAAACACCAGCAGGGCUCAGCGGCCGGCCGAUGUGAUCUUCUCUUUGGUGCGUGAGUUGGUGAGCGAGGGGGGUAAGAUGCGAGCGGUGAAGUUGGCCGAUGCUGAACACCGGUGUGUAUCGCGUGGUUUUACUCCGGUGCAGUUUAAUGCAGCGCUGCAGGAGUAUGAGGAGCUAAACGUGUGGCAAAUCAACAACACACGCACACGCAUUACCUUUGUCUGAUCUGGGGACCUGCGCUGUGGGGACCUGCUCUGGAGUUUUGGAUUCAUUAGCAUAUCGCUUAUGUUACUGCUUACAUUCUGUUCUUGUUAAUAUAACAUGUAUAAUUGGUGGUGCGCAGCUCUGAUCCUGGAGGUUUGAUGAUUUUGGUGUGUUAAAUGUGGUGAUGAACGGAAUCAUCAGAUGUUGGGAUUUGUUGCUGUGUUCCGCCUGAUUUUUAUUCUGUAAAUAUUGCUGAUCUUUAAUAAAGCUCUACACGCCCA